AAAAGGCAGACAGAAAAGCAUGAACUGGAGGCUUGUUGAGUUCCUCUACCUCCUGUUUAUAUGGGACCAUAUACUAGUACAGCCCUCCCACCAGGACCCCGCUGCCACCAACCAACAUGUCUCCAAGGAGUUUGAUUGGCUUAUUUCAGACAGGGGGCCCUUCCACCACUCGCGGAGCUACUUAUCCUUUGUGGAAAGACAUCGUCAAGGAUUUACAACCAGAUAUAAAAUAUACAGGGAGUUUGCCCGUUGGAAGGUGAGGAACACAGCCAUCGAGCGGAGGGACCUGCUCCACAAUCCACUGCCCCUGAUGCCUGAGUUCCAGAGAAGCAUCCGCCUCCUGGGCAGGAGACCCACCACGCAGCAGUUCAUUGAUACCAUCAUCAAAAAGUACGGCACCCACAUCCUCAUCUCUGCCACCCUGGGAGGAGAGGAGGCCUUGACCAUGUACAUGGACAAAAGCCGCCUCGACAGGAAGUCAGGAAACGCCACCCAGAGCGUGGAAGCCUUGCACCAGCUUGCUUCCUCCUACUUCGUAGACCGUGAUGGCACCAUGAGGAGACUCCACGAGAUCCAGAUCUCUACCGGAGCAAUCAAGGUAACAGAAACUCGGACUGGCCCCCUGGGCUGUAACAGCUACGACAAUCUGGACUCUGUGAGUUCUGUCCUUCUGCAAAGCACUGAGAGCAAACUCCACCUGCAAGGUCUCCAGAUCAUCUUCCCCCAGUACCUACAGGAGAAGUUUGUCCAGUCUGCCUUGAGUUACAUCAUGUGCAAUGGCGAGGGGGAGUACAUCUGCCGGAACAGCCAGUGCGGCUGUCAGUGUGCGGAGGAAUUCCCGCAGUGCAACUGCCCCAUCACCGACAUCCAGAUCAUGGAGUACACACUAGCGAACAUGGCCAAGUCCUGGACAGAAGCCUAUAAAGAUCUGGAGAAUUCAGAUGAGUUUAAAUCCUUCAUGAAAAGGCUACCUAGCAACCACUUCCUGACCAUUGGGAGCAUCCACCAGCACUGGGGGAAUGACUGGGACCUGCAGAACCGCUACAAGCUGCUGCAGAGCUCCCUGGAAGCCCAGCGCCAGAAGAUCCAGCGCACUGCCCGCAAACUCUUUGGCCUCAGUGUCCGGUGUCGGCACAACCCUAACCACCAGCUGCCUCGAGAAAGGACAAUACAGGAAUGGCUUACCCGGGUCCAGUCCCUGCUGUACUGCAAUGAGAAUGGGUUCUGGGGGACCUUUCUGGAAAGCCAACGGAGCUGCGUUUGCCACGGUGGCACCAGCCUGUGCCAGCGCCCCAUCCCCUGCAUCAUCGGGGGCAACAACAGCUGUGCCAUGUGCAGCCUUGCCAACAUCUCUCUGUGUGGCUCAUGCAACAAGGGCUAUAAGCUUUACCGGGGUCGCUGCGAGCCUCAGAACGUAGACUCGGAGCGGAGCGAGCAGUUCAUCAGCUUUGAGACGGACUUGGACUUCCAGGACCUGGAGCUGAAGUACCUGCUGCAGAAAAUGGACUCUCGCCUGUACGUGCACACCACCUUCAUCAGCAACGAGAUCCGCCUGGACACCUUCUUUGACCCCAGGUGGCGCAAGCGCAUGUCCCUCACCUUGAAGAGCAACAAGAACCGGAUGGACUUCAUCCACAUGGUGAUUGGGAUCUCCAUGAGAAUCUGCCAGAUGCGCAACAGCAGCCUGGACCCUAUGUUCUUUGUCUACGUCAACCCGUUCAGCGGGAGUCACUCUGAGGGCUGGAACAUGCCCUUUGGGGAGUACGGCUACCCACGCUGGGAGAAAAUCCGCCUCCAAAACAGCCAGUGCUACAACUGGACCCUGCUACUGGGCAACCGGUGGAAAACCUUUUUCGAGACCGUCCACAUCUACCUACGCAGCCGGACUCGGCUGCCCUCCCUGCUGCGUAAUGAGACUGGCCAAGGGCCCGUGGACCUUUCCGACCCCACCAAGCGCCAGUUCUACAUCAAGAUCUCGGAUGUGCAGGUGUACGGCUACAGCCUGCGCUUUAAUGCCGACCUCCUGCGCAGUGCCGUGCAGCAGGUCAACCAGUCGUACACGCAAGGUGGGCAGUUCUACUCGUCCUCCUCUGUCAUGCUCUUGCUGCUGGAUAUUCGGGACCGAAUCAAUAGACUGGCGCCUCCCGUGGCCCCAGGGAAGCCUCAGCUGGAUCUGUUCUCUUGUAUGCUCAAGCACCGCCUGAAGCUCACCAACAGCGAGAUCAUCCGCGUGAACCACGCUCUAGACCUGUACAACACCGAGAUCCUCAAACAGUCGGACCAGAUGACAGCCAAACUCUGCUAA